AUGACGCAGUCUAUGCAGCCCAACUUCAACACCUUUCACAACGCUCACAAGACAUUGAUCUCGACCGUGCUCGUCUGUUUGGCGUUCUGGGCCUCUACCUUACGACCCAUUGCUGCAAGGACGGGCAACUGCAAAACUCUUGCCCUUGCCUUCGCGACAGACUUCAACAUCACAGCUCCACCAUCAGAUGUUCCCCUUUAUCACAUUUGCAGUAAGAAGUGCAGCGCAUUGCAACUCGAACUGGUUCAGUACCUGAUGAACAAUCCGAAAGAGGAUGUCUGUAAAAAAGGGACGGCAGGUGGUGUGUGCAAGCUUGAUCACUACUCAAAAGUGCUCAGUCAUCAUAUUGUGGCUAAUACGAGUGAUCGAUUCGCUCAUUGUCACUGUACUGCCCUUGUCUCGUAUCUGCGCAUCAAAGAUCACGAGGUAGAUGGCAUCAGCUGCUCAGCCUACAUGAUACGCGAUCGUCUGCUGGGUGACAAAGGUAUCUCUGUUAAUGGUAUAACCUGGCAAGGUGGUCAACGUAAGGGACGCACACUGAAGACUUUCGAUUACGGAAUAGCAUGCCUACAACACCGCGGAACCGAGCAAUGUUUGUCUGAUGGCACCUGUCUACAGCAACUCAAGCAUAAAAAGGCACAUUGGCCACCGUGGGGUCACUUCGUUGACACGGUUUGCGACGUUCCAUUCUUGGGCGCCUGGGACGAUCCGAGGUAUGAUGGUGAACGGGUCAAUGAGUGA